AUGCCGCUCCUCCCGACCUCGACAGGCAAGCCGCGCGUCAUCCUGGGCCUGAUGACCUUUGGUCCGUCCGGGUCCGAAGGUGCCGGCGCGCGGAUCACGGACCUUGGCGUGUACAACUCGGUGCUGGACAAGUUCCAGUCACGGGGCUACAACGAGGUCGACACGGCGCGCGUCUAUAUCAACGGCGCUCAGGAGGCCUUCACCAAGGAGGCCCGGUGGAAGGAGAGGGGCUUGACGCUGGCCACCAAGGUCAAGUACCCGAGCGCCGACGGCGACCACGUAGCACAGAAGGUAGCCGAGAGCGUCGAGACCAGCUUGAAGGAGCUGGGCACGCAUACUAUCGAUAUUCUCUACAUCCAUGCCGCCGACCGCGCAACGCCCUUUGAGGAGACCCUGGGCGCCCUCGACAAGCUGCACAAGGCCGGCAAGUUCGUGCGCCUGGGCCUGUCCAACUACACGGCGUUCGAGGUGGCCGAGGCCGUCAUGAUCUGCCGGCAGCACGGCUGGGUGCGCCCGACCAUCUACCAGGCCAUGUACAACGCCAUAACGCGCGGCAUCGACGCCGAGCUGAUCCCGGCCUGCCGCCGCUACGGGCUCGAGCUGGUCGUGUACAACCCGAUCGCCGGCGGGCUGUUCAGCGGCAAGAUCAAGAGCAAGGACAUUGCGCCCACCGAGGGUCGCUUCAGCGAUGCCCAGGGCACGGGAGCCAACUACCGCAACCGCUACUUCAAGGACAGCACGUUCGAGGCCCUGCGCACCAUCGAGGAGGCUGUCGCCAAGCACGAGGGGCUCACCAUGAUCCAGACGGCGCUGCGGUGGGUGGUGCACCACAGCUCGCUAAAGAUCAAGGACGGCAACGAUGGCGUGAUCAUUGGCAUCUCAAGCCUCGAGCAGCUGGACGGCAACCUGGAUGCCUUGGAGAACGGCCCGCUGCCGGAUGAUGUGGUUCAAGCCCUAGAUCAGGCUUGGAAGAUCACCAAGGCCGAUGCACCGAACUACUGGCACAAGGAGCUGGCGUACACAUAUGAUACGAAAGAGGCCCUGUUCGGGAAGAAAUGA